AAAGAAAGAGUAUACUACGAUACGAGGCCUUGAAAAUUUUGCAAAAUCGACCUCCUUGUGCACACCGCCGCCGGCCGCCCCCCGCUUGCCCGUCCUCUAGCUCCGUGCCUCCGUCGGCCGUCCUUAUCCUCCACCUCUCGCGCUGGCGCACCGCUGCGGAGCUGUUCCAGCGCCGCGCAGGAAUCGGAUCUUCCGCGCGUCGGCGGCUCCCCCUCGGCGGCGUCCAGCGACGGAGGGGCAGUCCAGGCUCGGCGGCGGCGUCGAAGGCUCCCCCUCCCGGCUCUCGCCAGUCGCCUCGCGCCCUCGCCUCCGUCCUCCGCGCACCGGCCGGCGACUCUGCAUCAUGUCGAGAGCCUUAGCCCGUCGCCCAGUACCUCCUUUCCUGAAACUUCGCUCCACAGUGUGCGACGACGGCUACUGGAUGGGAAGAUUGGAUCACAAGGACUGGCUCGCCCCAAAUGAGGUGCUCAAGAUAUUUGCAAACAUCAGGGACCCUAGCCUAAUAAACAGUGUAUUCAAGAAGGCAUGCAGCCGGAUAGACUACAAGCCCAGCGAGGCGCUAUACAGCUUGAUGAUUGACAAGCUGGCCUUCGCCAGGAGGUUCAGUGAUGUGGAGGAGUUGCUGUCCAAAGCCAAAACUGAAAAGUUGAGGUUUUCGGACGAGUUCUUCUACAGGCUGAUCAAGAUGUACGGCAACGUGGCAGAACAUCCUCAGAAAGCCAUCGACACGCUCUUUGCAAUGCCUGGGUAUAAUUGUUGGCCUUCUACCAAGACGUUCAAUUAUGUUCUUCACAUGCUUGUGUGCAAGCGGCAGUACGAGGUUGUUCAUGAGAUCUACUCGAGCGCGCCCAGGCUUGGGGUGACAUUGGACACCUGCUCCUUCAAUAUUCUUGUCAAGGGUUUGUGCCAAUGCAGUAAAUUUGAUGAGGCUAUCUCCUUGCUGCAUGAGAUGCCGAAGCAAGGGUGCCAGCCUAAUGUGGCGACCUACUCGACCUUUAUGCAUUUCCUUUGUCAGCGUAGUCUGGUUGAUAAAGCAUUUGAGCUGUUUGAGAGAAUGCGGAAGCAGGAUAUCGCUGCAGAUACAGUUGUGUACAAUAUUUUGAUCUCUGGUCUCUGCAGGGAGGAAAGAGUGUCUGAGGCAUUCGAUCUCUUCAAAUCAAUGACUUCUGAAGGGUGUUAUCCUAAUUCUGGGACUUAUCAGGUACUUCUCGAUGGUCUCAUCAGUUUAGGAAAGUUUUUUGAAGCCAAAAGCCUUGUUAGCACUAUGAGUACAGAAGGUGUGAGGCCUAGUUUCCAAUCAUACAAGCUACUGAUUGAUGGCCUCUGUAGUGAGGACUGCGUGGAUGAUGCACAUCUUGUCUUGAAGCAAAUGGUGGGCCAAGGUUUUGUUCCUCGGAUGGGCACUUGGACAAAACUUCUCACAUCCAUCUUCUAAUUUUGGUUUUCACAUCAGUGAUUUCCUUGGCCUGACAAGACACAUGAACGGAAACUUCAAAUUUUACCAGACUCCUGAAUGAGGGUCGUCAAGUUCUGUUAGAGGAGCAAGUGGACAAAUGCAGGCUUGAGUUUGUGCUUGUAGUCUUGUGUACCACGGCUAUAUGAAUGCUGCCUGUACAUGAUUAUAGUUUGGUGUUAGCUUCCACGGAUGUCAACCUGAAAUAUAUAAGGCUGACAAAAAAAUCCAUUCAAUUUUGUAGGUUUGCAGCUUCAAAUUUUAAAAAACCUUUCAAAUACUCAAUGAAAUAUCAAUCUGAAUCCACAUCUAUGCAUUUGCAGGUGAUUUAUGCUUGGGCAGUUGAAUAACUAAUCUUCUAUGGACCUCUCCUGCAUUGUGAAUUCAGUUUCCAGGCUAACAAUAUGAAGAUGCAUGCCAUGAGUCUUUUUGGCCUUUUACAUCCUUGAAGAGGAACAGAGCAUCCUAAAUAGUUAGCUUCUUAGCUCUUCUGUUUUCUGUUCGUCUCCUUAACUAGCCACAUGACUAAUAUAUUCUGCUCACUAGGUUGCCUGAUAGUCAUGAAAUCCACAUGUUAGCCUUGUAAACUGUCCGUGGAGAACUAUGUGGAUCUGUACGUACAAGAUGGCCUUUUAAGCCCACUAGAUGAAGAUUUUCAAACUAUUACUCUCAGCAAUUUACUUGUUGCAGUUUUAUUUGCAGUUUUGAUCCGAUCUAAUAUCUAUUCACAUCAGGGAAAGAAUCUGGUGACCAAGGAAGCAGCAGCAUUGGACCAUGCUAUCACUGUUUGACUGAAAAGCCUGGGUUAAAGCCUGAAAGCCAGAUAUGCGUUUUGUGCAUUGCAUUACUGCAGUUGUUUUGCAAAGCGAACAAUUGUUCGGGUCUGCAUAAAGUUGCUGUAAAUGGUUCAUUCACAAAUUACAGUCGGGGAAGUGGGCACAGCAAUAUGCUGUUGAGAAAUUAGAAUUACUUGGAACAGCAAUAUACGUAUGUAACUGCGUAUGUAGUUGUGAUGAGAGGGAGUUGUGGUGGUCCGCAAACACCAUUUCAACUAUUGUUUGCAUUUGUUGUAUAAAAAAAACUAUUGUUUGCAAUGUACUUAGCCAGCCAUGUGCACCUGCUGCUAUUUUUUUUUAAAAAAAACAAUUGUUUGAAAA